AAAGAAGAAAAGAGUGAUUUGCACAAAUUUUGUAAAAAGUCCGAUAAACUUGAUGAAAUACCGUCGUUUCGGCAAAAACUUAUAACAUAAAAUAUAAACUCAAAAACCAAACAAAUUUAUUGUUAAAAAGAAAAUAAAUCAAUCUCUCUUUUUUUCAUAUUAUUUGUUGAAAGUUUAAGUGAAAAUCCAAAACAUCAUUUUUAUUGGAAAAUUUACAUUUCUUGGUGGAACAAAAAGAAAAUCCAACAGAAAUGAGUCUUACUUCUGCUGCGGGGAUUAUAUCCCUUCUGGACGAACAAAUGCCCGAUUUAAAGGUUUUCGCUUUGAAGAAGCUCGAUAAUAUCGUCGAUGAAUUUUGGCCAGAAAUCUCUGAGUCAAUUGAAAAAAUCGAAAUGCUCCACGAAGAUCGUGCAUUUCCAGAGAACAAACUGGCUGGAAUAGUUGCCUCGAAGGUAUUCUAUCAUUUGGGUUCCUUCGAAGAUGCCCUCACAUACGCCCUUGGCGCUGGUGACUUAUUCGACGUUAACGCCCGCAAUGAGUACACAGAAACCAUCAUUGCCAAAUGCAUUGACUUCUACAUCGCCCAGCGAGUGGCUUUCAUUGAAAAUCCCAAGGAAGCCAAGCCAGUCGAUAAUAGACUGGAAGGCAUCGUCAACCGAAUGAUCCAGCGGUGUCUUGACGACGGACAGUACCGUCAGGCAUUGGGAAUUGCCCUUGAAACCCGUCGCAUGGACAUUUUCGAAUCGUCCAUCAUGAAAUCCGAUGAUGUCGCUGGAAUGUUGGCAUACGCCUACAAUGUUACCAUGUCCCUAAUCCAGAAUCGUGGUUUCCGCAAUGAGGUGUUACGUUGCUUGGUGGGAUUGUACAGCGACUUGGGUGUUCCCGACUAUGUCAACAUGUGUCAAUGCUUGAUUUUCCUCGAAGAUCCUCUAGCUGUUGCAGAGGUGCUGGACAAACUGACUCGCACUUCGGUGGAGGGUAACAGCUUGAUGGCUUAUCAGAUCGCUUUCGAUUUGUAUGAAUCUGCCACCCAAGAGUUCUUGGGAAAAGUUUUACAAGCUCUCAAGGAAACAGCUCCAAUUCCAGCUGCUUUGCCGAGUACAUUCAAGCCCCAAGGUACCUCUACCGAGGACUCAAAGACCGACGAGGAAAAGGCUAAAACUGCUGAAGAAGCACCUGCUAAAGCUCCAGAAGCCGAUAGUGAAGGUGAUGCUAAAAUUGAGCGUACCAUUGAAUCCCUCAACGACUCGGAGAAAGCUCAUCAGAAGAACGUCGAAAAACUCAUCUCGAUUUUGUCUGGCGAAGUUACUAUUGACUUGCAGCUUCAGUUCCUGAUCCGAAGCAAUCAUGCCGAUUUGCAGAUUCUCCGUGGAACCAAGGAAGCCGUUCGUGUGUCGAUUUGCCACACGGCAACCGUUAUAGCCAAUGCAUUUAUGCAUGCUGGAACCACGAGUGAUCAAUUCUUGCGAGAUAAUUUGGACUGGUUGGCCAGAGCAACAAACUGGGCUAAACUUACGGCCACAGCAUCGUUGGGAGUAAUUCAUCGUGGUCACGAAAAAGACUCACUGGCCUUGAUGCAGAGUUACUUGCCGAAGGAAGCCGGACCGAGUUCCGGGUACUCUGAGGGAGGUGGCCUGUAUGCUCUUGGACUUAUUCAUGCCAAUCAUGGUGCAAACAUUAUUGACUAUCUGUUGCAACAACUCAAGGACGCCCAAAAUGAGAAUGUCCGCCACGGAGGUUGCCUUGGUUUGGGUUUGGCCGCCAUGGGAACCCAUCGUCAAGAUUUGUAUGAGCAGUUGAAAUUCAAUCUUUACCAAGACGAUGCUGUAACUGGAGAGGCCGCUGGUAUUGCCAUGGGAAUGGUUAUGCUUGGUUCUAAGAAUGCUCAGUCCAUUGAGGAUAUGGUCUCGUAUGCCCAGGAAACUCAGCACGAAAAGAUCUUGCGCGGAUUGGCUGUGGGUAUAUCCUUGACUAUGUUUGCCCGAUUGGAGGAGGCCGAUCCAUUGGUCACCAGCUUGUCCACCGACAAGGACCCUGUCCUUCGUCGAUCCGGAAUGUACACAAUUGCUAUGGCUUACAAUGGAAGUGGCAGCAACAAGGCCAUCCGACGUUUGUUGCAUGUUGCCGUUUCCGACGUCAAUGACGAUGUACGUCGUGCUGCCGUAACUGCUAUUGGUUUCAUCUUGUUCCGCACCCCAGAGCAGUGUCCAUCGGUGGUGAGUCUCUUGGCCGAAUCAUACAAUCCCCAUGUGCGUUAUGGAGCUGCAAUGGCUUUGGGUAUUGCCUGUGCAGGCACUGGCUUGAGGGAAGCUAUCGCACUCCUCGAACCCAUGGUCAAAUUCGACCCCGUUAACUUUGUCCGUCAAGGAGCUCUCAUCGCUUCUGCUAUGAUUCUCAUCCAACACACUGAUCAAACUUGUCCCAAGACAAACUUCUUCAGGCAAUUAUACUCGGAAGUCAUAAGUAACAAACACGAAGACGUCAUGGCCAAGUACGGAGCUAUCCUGGCUCAAGGUAUCAUCGAUGCUGGAGGUCGCAAUGCCACUCUUAGUCUCCAGUCUCGCACAGGCCACACUAAUCUCCAGGCCGUCGUGGGAAUGCUCGUAUUUACCCAGUACUGGUACUGGUUCCCAUUGGCUCACUCCCUUUGCUUGGCUUUCACUCCAACUUGCGUGAUUGGCCUGAACUCGGAGUUGAAAAUGCCCAAAAUGGAAUUCCGAUCAAAUGCAAAACCUUCGCUCUACGCCUAUCCACCGGCUUUGGAGGAAAAGAAAUCCGAGGAGCGCGAGAAGGUCGCCACUGCAGUUCUCUCUAUCGCUGCUCGUCAAAAACGUCGUGAAACAGCCGACAAAAAGGAGGAAGAUAAUAAAAUGGACGUCGAUGAGGAUACGACUAAAGCAACGACAACUUCAGUAAAGAAAGAAGAAUCGUCUGCCGAGAAGGCCGAAGAAGCGCCUAAAGAAGCCACUACCAGUGCUACUGAUGACAAAAAGAAGAAGGACGAAAAAGAAUCGAAGAAAAAAGAAGAAGACUCCAAGGACUCGAAGGAAGGAAGCAAAGAUGCAAAGGAUAAAGAUGCUUCAGCCGAUAAGAAAGAAAAAGAGAAAAAAGAACCCGAGCCGAACUUUGAGAUUUUACAGAAUCCUGCUCGAGUUAUGCGUCAACAAUUAAAGGUUUUGAGUGUCCCCGAGGGACAAACUUUUGUUGCUUUGAAGGAUGUGACUAUCGGAGGAAUUAUUGUUAUGCAACACACCGGCAAAACAGACCAGGAAUUGGUUGAACCAGUUGCAGCUUAUGGUCCCAAGAACGACGAUGCCAAGGAACCUGAGCCACCAGAGCCAUUUGAAUAUAUUGAAGAUUAAAUUUAAACAAAAUUACUAACAUUAACAUACUCUUAUGCAUACAUUAAUAUUCACUGAUUAUUAUUAGACAACAACAAAAAUAUAAUGUAAUCGCGUAGAAUUUAUUUGUUUCUCUGCUUUUCAAAUAAAAAAUAACAUGAUUCAACAUUUAA